AUGAGCUGGAAGGAUCCAUUUAUAACCAUCACCUUCCCCAGCAAAGUUGUCCUCACCAUUUCCUCCAUCCUCCUGUUUCUCAUCCAUACUGGAAUCAUCGUUGGAGACCUGUAUCACUUCCUUGGAUCCCAAAGGGUGGAUCUAAUGAGUUUCCAUUAUACCAUAACACUGUUGUUCUCCCAAGUGGUCAGCUUUUACUGGGCUCUGCUCGCAACCAUCUAUACCUUGCAAGCAGAAGACAGUGUGCUGAUGUGCUUCGCUCUCACGUCUUUCGCCCUGAACUUCGCAGUCUUCAUCGUCCGUUUUAUCAUGGAGUACCUCACCAUUGCCUACAGGGAAGAGCACUACUAG